AUUAAACUAACCAUGAAGACAAAUAUUAUCAAUACGUGGCACUCCUUCGUAAAUAUCCCCAACGUGGUUGUACCAGCUAUCGAAAAGGAAAUUCGGCGCAUGGAAAAUGGGGCGUGCAGCUCAUUUUCUGACGAUGACAAUGGCUCUCUGUCUGAAGAAUCAGAGAAUGAGGACUCUCUCUUUAGAAGCAACUCAUACAGAAGGCGAGGACCAUCCCAGAGGGAACAUUACUUGCCAGGCACCAUGGCUCUUUUCAAUGUUAACAACAGCAGCAACAAAGACCAAGACCCAAAGGAGAAGAAGAAAAAGAAAAAGGAAAAGAAGAGCAAGGCUGAUGAGAAAAAGGAAAGUAAAAAGGACCCAGAGAAGAAAAAAAAGAAGGAAAAGGAAAAAGAGAAGAAAAAGGAGGAGAAACCCAAAGAGAAGAAAGAAGAGGAGAAAAAAGAGGUGGUUGUUAUUGACCCUUCAGGAAACAUGUACUACAACUGGCUGUUUUGUAUCACUUUACCUGUGAUGUACAACUGGACGAUGAUUAUUGCCAGAGCAUGUUUUGAUGAACUCCAGUCUGAUUACCUAGAAUAUUGGCUCAUUUUUGAUUACGUAUCAGAUGUAGUCUAUCUUGCUGAUAUGUUUGUACGGACAAGGACAGGUUACCUGGAACAAGGGUUGCUAGUGAAAGACAAACUGAAACUCAUAGAGAAGUACAAAGCAAACCUGCAGUUUAAACUUGACGUUCUGUCAGUGAUACCGACCGACCUGCUGUAUUUCAAGUUUGGGUGGAACUAUCCAGAAAUCAGGUUGAACCGGCUGUUAAGAAUCUCUCGGAUGUUUGAGUUCUUCCAGAGGACAGAGACAAGGACCAACUACCCGAACAUCUUUAGGAUCUCAAACCUUGUGAUGUACAUUGUCAUCAUCAUCCACUGGAACGCGUGUGUGUACUACUCCAUCUCAAAAGCUAUUGGAUUUGGGAAUGACACAUGGGUCUACCCUGAUGUUAAUGAUCCUGAAUUUGGCCGUUUGGCUAGAAAAUACGUCUACAGCCUUUAUUGGUCUACCUUGACUUUGACGACCAUUGGAGAAACCCCACCCCCCGUGCUGGAUUCCGAGUACGUCUUUGUGGUGGUAGACUUCUUAAUUGGGGUUUUAAUUUUUGCCACCAUUGUCGGUAACAUAGGCUCCAUGAUUUCCAAUAUGAAUGCAGCCCGGGCAGAAUUUCAAUCAAGAGUUGAUGCUAUCAAACAGUACAUGAAUUUUCGGAAUGUGAGCAAAGACAUGGAAAAGAGGGUUAUUAAAUGGUUUGACUACCUGUGGACCAACAAAAAGACAGUCGACGAGAGAGAAGUCCUGAGAUACCUCCCUGACAAACUCAGGGCAGAGAUUGCCAUCAAUGUUCACCUAGACACGUUAAAAAAGGUUCGUAUCUUUGCUGACUGUGAGGCUGGUCUGUUGGUGGAGUUGGUGUUGAAACUACAACCCCAGGUGUACAGUCCUGGAGACUACAUAUGCAAGAAAGGGGACAUUGGGCGGGAGAUGUACAUCAUCAAGGAAGGCAAACUUGCUGUGGUGGCAGACGACGGAAUCACGCAGUUUGUGGUGUUGAGUGACGGCAGUUACUUUGGCGAGAUCAGCAUUCUUAACAUCAAAGGCAGCAAGGCUGGCAACCGAAGAACAGCCAAUAUUAAGAGCAUUGGCUACUCGGACCUGUUCUGCCUCUCAAAGGAUGACCUCAUGGAAGCCCUUACAGAGUACCCAGAUGCCAAAACUAUGUUGGAGGAGAAGGGGAGGCAGAUCUUAAUGAAAGACGGUCUACUGGAUAUAAACAUUGCGAAUUUGGGCAGUGACCCUAAAGACCUGGAAGAGAAGGUCACUCGAAUGGAGGGGUCAGUGGACCUCCUGCAAACACGAUUUGCCCGAAUCUUGGCUGAGUAUGAAUCGAUGCAGCAGAAACUCAAGCAAAGAUUAACCAAGGUUGAGAAAUUUCUGAAACCACUUAUUGAAACAGAAUUUUCAGCCCUUGAGGAACCUGGAGGAGAAAGUGAGCCCACAGAGUCUCUACAGGGCUAAAAAAACUGGCCAAUAGCAAAAACCAUGCACGCCGUGUGAUCCUUUUGAGCACUUGACCAGAGACAAUUGAGAAUUGGGAGAAAAAGAGUUCUCUGGGAAAUUUUUCUAUAUUGAAAAUGUGUGUGGGUAGAUGACACAAAUCUGUUGUGCAACACUGCAACGAAAGUAUCAUCUUAUCCUGGGAUUUUUCACAAUGGACACUGUGCGAGUACAUGAACUGAUUAAUGUGUCUGUGUCAGGAUCCGUUUAUUCUCUUUCCCACAGAUGCUCCUUUUAUGAAGUAAUCUGUAAAAAUGAACACGUAUCGCUCUUUCAGGCCACUUGCAUCAUGGAGUCAAAUGUAUUCAGUGCAACUGCGUCCCUUGUGCUUGAGACACAGUUAUCAGAAGAAGUAGAACGCAAUAAAGUGAAAUU